UCACCCUCUGUGGUGGAUAGUGGAGUGUUUCCCAUGUGGUAUUGGUGUGCUGGAUAUCCCUUCACUGGUAGCCUGGUAACAUACACUCCCAGGUCUUUCUCUGCCUCUGUGGUGGAUAGUGGAGUGUUUCUCAUGUGGUACUGGUGUGCUGGAUAUCCCUUCACUGGUAGCCUGGUAACAUACACUCCCAGGUCUUUCUCUGCCUCUGUGGUGGAUAGUGGAGUGUUUCCCAUGUGGUAUUGGUGUGCUGGAUAUCCCUUCACUGGUAGCCUGGUAACAUACACUCCCAGGUCUUUCUCUGCCUCUGUGGUGGAUAGUGGAGUGUUUCCCAUGUGGUAUUGGUGUGCUGGAUAUCCCUUCACUGGUAGCCUGGUAACAUACACUCCCAGGUCUUUCUCUGCCUCUGUGGUGGAUAGUGGAGUGUUUCCCAUGUGGUAUUGGUGUGCUGGAUAUCCCUUCACUGGUAGCCUGGUAACAUCCACUCCCAGGUCUUUCUCUGCCUCUGUGGUGGAUAGUGGAGUGUUUCCCAUGUGGUAUUGGUGUGCUGGAUAUCCCUUCACUGGUAGCCUGGUAACAUACACUCCCAGGUCUGUCUCUGCCUCUGUGGUGGAUAGUGGAGUGUUUCCCAUGUGGUAUUGGUGUGCUGGAUAUCCCUUCACUGGUAGCCUGGUAACAUACACUCCCAGGUCUUUCUCUGCCUCUGUGGUGGAUAGUGGAGUGUUUCCCAUGUGGUAUUGGUGUGCUGGAUAUCCCUUCACUGGUAGCCUGGUAACACACACUCCCAGGUCUUUCUCUGCCUCUGUGGUGGAUAGUGGAGUGUUUCCCAUGUGGUAUUGGUGUGCUGGAUAUCCCUUCACUGGUAGCCUGUUAACAUACACUCCCAGGUCUUUCUCUGCCUCUGUGGUGGAUAGUGGAGUGUUUCCCAUGUGGUAUUGGUGUGCUGGAUAUCCCCUCCCAAGGUACAGGACUUUACAUUUCUCUUCACUGAAUUGUAGCAGCCACUUCUUGUUCCAUUCCUGUAGCUUGGUGAUGUCUGCUGUUAGGAAACCCGCAGACUCCGCCUUCAAGACCCUUUCCCGUAAGUACCUGGGAUCGGUCUACUGGUCGACUCUCACACUCACUACCAUCGGAGACCUGCCCACACCUGAGACCAAUAAGCAGUACAUUUUCACAAUCGUCAGCUACCUCAUCGGGGUCUUCAUCUUCGCCACAAUUGUUGGUCAGGUUGGGAACGUCAUCACUAACAGGAACGCGAACAGACUGGAGUUUGAACGUCUUCUGGACGGCGCCAAGCUCUACAUGAGACACCACAAGGUUCCCAGGGCCAUGCAGAGAAGAGUGCAGAGGUGGUAUGACUACUCUUGGUCGAGGGGCCGCAUCCAAGGGGGCGGUGACAUCAACACAGCUCUGGGCUUAUUACCGGACAAGCUCAGAACAGAACUUGCUCUCCACGUGAACUUGCUAACACUGAAGAAGGUCAGCAUCUUCAAGGAGUGCCAACCAGAGUUCCUACAUGACCUCGUUCUGAAGAUGAAAGCAUAUAUCUUUACCCCCGGUGACCUCAUCUGCCGCAAAGGGGAGGUGGCGAGAGAAAUGUUCAUAAUAGCUGAUGGAAUUUUAGAAGUUAUAAGUGAGACGGGGAAGGUUCUUACUACAAUGAAGGCCGGAGAUUUUUUUGGAGAAAUUGGAAUCCUGAACCUCGACGGACUGAACAAGUCUGAUUUGGGAAGACGAACGGCGGACGUGAGAUCGGUCGGCUACUCAGAGCUCUUCAGUCUGUCCCGAGAAGACGUGCUUAUGGCCAUGAAGGACUACCCAGAGGCACAGGAAAUUCUACAAAGCCUCGGACGCAAGCGGUUAAUGGAGGCAAGACACACUACCUCGAAAUCCGGGUCCUCUGGGUCAAGCAAGAGAGGGACCCCUUCGCCUAACCGGGAUGGCCUUGGCGAGGAUAAAAACGCAAAGAAGAUCGUCAGCCGCCUUCGCUCAGAUGUCUCGGCUAUCAGAAACGCUUUCAGGAGGAGCAAGGGGGCGACGAGGUACAUGGAGACGCUUGAACAAGAUAAUUACACACCUAGGAGAAUGGACGCGGACACGAUGGAAAUGGACGCCUUAGACACCCGUUCGAGCCCCGAGGACGAUACGCCGGCCGUCAAGAGAAUACUGAAGCGUAUUAGUGGUCGCAGCGGGAGUGACUCAAGUGCCGGGCAGCGCGGGGUCCUCAAGCGCAUGGCAAGAGUGACCAGCGAUGAGACCAGCCAGGGUACAAGUCCAGGGCGCGCACAUUCAGGAGAGGAAGCACCCGGCGGCGUUCUAGGGGCUGGACUCCCUCUUCUGCAGCGUUUGAAACUAUUGAAAGAGAAGGAGGAGAAGGAGGACAAGGAACGCCAGCAGAGAGCGAAGGAGGAGGAGGAGAGGAGGAAGGAGGAGGAGAAGAAGGAGGAGGAGGGUGAGGUGAUUGGUGCUGGUCUGCCUCUGUUCGCUAGACUAAGGUUACUGAAGGCGAAGGAGGAGAAGGAAAGAAUGGAGAGAGAGGAGAAGGAAAAAAAGGAGAAGGAGAUGCAGAAGGAGGAGGAGAAGGAGGAAAUCAAGUCCCCUACCACUAAAACCCCUCCCACUACCACUACAACCACUACAGACACUACCACUACAACCACUACUACUACUACUUCUAAGACUAAUGCAACCGUCACCGCGCCUCGACCAGCCGGCCUGCUCAAAAACCGCCUCCGUGCUGCUAUGCUAACUGGCGCCGCUCCACCCACGGACCCAAAACCAGGGGGGGCCACACGAACCCCAGGACCCCCGGAGAGAGAGGACGACCCCAAGGACCCCAAGGAACCCAAGGACGCCAAGGAUCCCAAAUCGCCGAAGAGCCCUACUGAUGGGGCGCAGAAAUCAGGAAGUGAAACCCAUACCCUUGCGAACAGUGUCUCAGGGGGUGCCGCGCUAGACCGUGCCCUGGGAAAGCUACUGGGUAAGAAAGUGGGUGCGGGGGUGCCUACUGGGGGCGUGGGGGGCACUCAGGAUACCCCGACAGCGACCCCAACUGGAGUAUCCACCGCAGUAAAUGAUAAUAAGGACAAAAUUGCCAGAAGUGACAGUUUUCGAAAGGCAAUGGCGGAGGGACGAAUUUGCAGCACGGACGCUCCACCACGCCCGGCGCCGCCUCCAGCCACCCCGACCCUUCACACAAUGCGGGAAAGCGACACGGAGGCGGAUAUGACAACCACAACUACUACUACUACCACUACUACUACAACUACCACUGCUACUACCCCAGGCCGCUCCCCCAGCCCUGUAUUUCGAAGCAACAGUGACCCUGGUGCCGGCGGGGAGGCUGCCGUUCAAGGGGUGCGCAGGGGGUCGAUUGGGAGGGAGGUCGCGCACCCAACCUUCCUUCUGACGCAGCCCUCCGGAGUUUUGCAGGACCGCCAGCUGCAGAGAGUGGAUUCCUUGCAGGUUCCCUCAGAAGACGUCUCCCCACCUCUAUCGUCACCUGAGAGCACAGAGACCCCGGAACGGAAGACCUUAAAGAGUAUCCUGAAGCGAAUGUCCCGAGAAGACUCCAGAGGCAACCUUCUACCCCCGGACUCCGCCGACCUGCGCAGGCUCAUGAAGGCGCCCACGGUGGAGGGUUUCGUAGCCAGGAGGUCAAAGCUUAGCAAGACCGUGUCCUUCCAGCGUAAGACCUUAUCGUCACCGCCCCCGCCAGCGUUCUUUGGGGAGAGGCGGAGUUCCAGUACCAACACCGAGUCGUACACCUCACUGAACUCAAAUAACAUCCUCGCCCUGUCUACGGCACCCACGGAACCUUCCCCUUUCAUCACCGCUACCACAACCACGGCUACCACCACCACCUCCGCGGCCCCCCUCAAGGACAUCACCACCACAGCUACCACCACCACCAUCACCACGUCUUCCAGCACGACGGAUGGUGUCAACAAACUCAUGGUAAAGUUGAGUGCCAUCGGCUUGGACGGGACCCAGGAUACCCAUGCCCAGGACUUGGUGCUCGGCGUGAGAAAGAUCCUUCGAGACAAGAUGGAGGACGUGGAGGUGGCGUGGGUGUCGCGCGUGAAGGAGUUGCAGCAAGAGUUAGCCGCACGAGACGCGACCAUACGACAGCUGACCCAUACCAUCACGCUACUCCAGGGCGGCGGCGGUGGUGGUGGUGGCGGGGUCGGCGGAGGAGGAGGAGGGGGCGGUGGUGAAGGAAGGCAGGGAGGGGCGGAGGGGGCGCUGGGGGGUAGCCACGUGGGUCAGCAGGCAACCCUCACGAGACUGCAGACACUCGUUCGAUCCUCGUCCGAUACAAGUUCUGAAGGAGGGAGUGACGAGGAUGAGCCGCUGUUUAUGAGGUGCAAUUCCAUCGAGAGUAUCAUCCACCAGUCUCCAGGGGGGUCACCCGGGGGAGGUCGCCACCCCCCCAUCACCACCAGGCACUCGUGGUCACAUCAGGUCACAGUCGAGCAACAGCAAACCCAGGGGGGGGCGGGGGCCGGCCAGGUGGGGCGGCAGGCGAGGGCAGUCCGCUCCAUGGAGGACCCACGGGGAGGUCGAGGUGGCGAAGUACGUCUCGAUGUUGGAUCUUCUACCGACGACGAUGUCUGUUCAUUCUCCUCGGAGGAUGACCGCGGGGGGUUAGGAUCCCUCGGGGGUGAUGACCUGGAUGAGUCCCUCUCCGAUGACCUCUUCCCCAUGGAGGAUGAGGAGGAGGACGACGUGGAGGAGCUGGAAGAGGAGGAAGAGGAGGGGGGUGGCGGGGAAACUGGAGAAGCUGAGUUGAGUUCACAGGAUUGGGAGAUACAGCUUCUGGCGCGGAAGUUAGCUGAGGACCAGAAGGGAUUCGCGAAGAAGGUGGAUCGGGACAUCGCAGAAGGCCGCUUGAAGUCCGCUCUGGUGGAGUUACACGAGGCCUUGGCGACGGACAACCUCGGACCACUUACGGAAACGGAUCUGCUACGCCUGGAAAAAGUCGUACUCCGAGAACGAGAGAAAUUGAGGCGGUACGCGAGUUUGUACAGCUUGGAGGAUCGCCCGCUGCUGCCAGACCAGUUCUCAUCACUCUACCGAAGUCGCUCCCAGUUGCUCCUGACGCGUAGCUCCGAGCUGUGCCGCGCGGGACCGGUCCAGCGGCGGCUCUCUCAGCUCCUCACCCAGCUAGCCCGGAUGCCCCCCGCCGAGCAAUUCCUCUUAGACCGCUUGGUUUACACGACCGACCGACGGCGAAGGCUCUCCCGGCAAAGGAGUUUAUGUGACGACCAGCUCUCGACCUUUGACGCUUCAACCAGGGGGUCAUCCGUGCGUGGCCGUCCCCCGAGGGUUCUGGCCAGCCGUAGGUCGAAGAGUGUGUGCUCCCCGCCCCCCCCGCCCGCCCCAGUGACCCCCCCAGCAGCUCCCCACGCGGAUAAGGACACUUCAGGGGGUAGUUCUGGGGGUAUGUCCGCAAUGCUCGCUUCACUACACAGAUCGGUCGCGGCUAUCAGAGGUCGGACUUCGGGGGUCUCCAGGGGGUCGUUAAAGGAGGGGGCGCCGCUCCUGAGACCCUCUAGGUAACGCUCCCCCUUACCGCCCCCCCACCCCACCUCUUCGCGCCCCCCUCCCCCCCAAACGGUACUUCCCCCAACACAGAACGUCAGAUAUUUCCACCACCACCACCACUACUACUACUACUACUACUACUACUACUGCCCCCCCCUCUCCCGCCCCCAUUCUCGCCCCUCCCCCCCUUCCGCCCCCAUUUUCGCUGCAGACAAGAUCUUCCGCGGUUAUUAUGUACGUGUAUGUGUGUGUGUACGUGUGUGUGUGUGUGUGUGUGUGUGUGUGUGUGUGUGUGUGUGUGUGUGUGUGUGUGUGUGUGUGUGUGUGUUUUGCGGAAGAGAAAAUGAUCAAAUGUGGAAAGAAAAUAAUGAAGAAAGGAAAAUAAUAAUAAUGAUUGUAAAAGGAAGGAAGGAAGGAAGGAAGGAAAAGAAGAUACCGAGGUGUGCGUUUGAGUAAAGUUGAUCAAAAUGACGCAGAAGAAACCAAGCAAACCCAAAUAAUAAAGAUCAGAAAAGCGAAAAUUCGAAAAAGUAAAAUAAAAAAUCAUAUUCCAAGCUCUCCCUCGCUAUGGAACACUUUCACAGGUCCCCAAGAUCCGUUUAUUUAGCCUCCAAACCAAUACCAGACUUCAGAAAUUCCUAGUACAUUGUUUUGUGUUCAUAUUAAAGGUAAGAAAUCGCAGAAAACUAUACAGGAAAGCUCUUAUGUAUCUGGUCUUGCAUUGAAAACCUAAUCAUUGUAGAGUAUUGAAGUUUAAAGCCACGUUCACUCUCUUGUGUUCGUAACAGUUGACAUCUCUCUUUGUAAUCACCCGGACCAGACAACAUCAGCCCCCUUAACACUGUGCCGACUCUGGGCUCACGACAACCCAGCGACUCGGGGUAUUCGAGGUCUUGGGUGUGAAAUGUUGAUGUGGAAGGGUCGCACAUUGUUGGAGAGAAGUCUAGAAACAAUCGCCGGGUGUUGAGUGACCCUAAAAGUCGCUGUUUUGGCGUGGCCCAGAGUCGGCACAGUGCGAAGGGGGCUGAUGUUGUCUGGUCCGGGCGAUUACAAACCCUUCUUGUAAAUCUAAAUUGCUCCUCGCCCUCGCUGUGUUGCAAGCUCUCCCUCACUAAGAAGAGACAUCAGGAGAUAACCUAAAGAAAAAAAACAAUAAAAAAAGUGAAAUAAAGACGAGAAAAGCGAUAGGAGAGAAAGAAAUUAAAAAAAACGAAUGAAAUAUAAUAAUGUAAGAAAGCAAAUAAAGAAGAAAAAUAGGAAGAGAAGCGAAAAUAAAACUGUGCAAGAGAAAUAAUUAAAAGAAAAAGAAAAGGAAGAAAUUGGUGUUUAGAAGAAAGUGGAAGGAAGACACAAAAAAGGCGAAACAAACAAAGCUUUUUAAUACAGAGAGAAAAGAAGACAAGGAAAAUACCGGAAAAGAAAGACGAUACGGAAAGGAAGGAGAAAAUGAAGAAAAUAUUGAUGAAAAGAAGAAAUGAAGAAGAAUGCAAAGAAGGAAGGAAGGAAAAUAUUGACGUAGAGAAAAAGGAAUGAAGGGAAAAAGAAAAGAAAGAAAGGAAGAGAAAUAAAAGAAAA